CUCGAUCAAAAAGCAAAGGUGAAGUCGAUUGUACAUUCUGAAAAGCGUGCAGCUGUGCUGUUUGCAGAGACCGCUAGGGCGUCUUCAAUCUUGUUCAUAGAAGUUUGAAUCAAAGCCCAGCUUACUGCGAUUGAGAGCGUGAUGCUCUCGGAAGCCUCUUUUGAUCUUAUACAAGAGCAGUGCUUUUCAGGAGGCCAGAGACGCGAUUGCAUCUGAGGCGCUUCGUAAUUUCAUCCAUCUCGCCUCAUUAAGUGUUAUUUGCACGUCGGUGGCUUUGAUUGGUCAAAUUGCGCCAGUGCUAUCAGAAGCUGCUGUAAGUGAAUUUUCUUCAUGGCGUCCGCUGAAGCAAUGGAGGUUGACGAGCAAAGCACGGACAAUGCAGAGGAGAAAUCUCUUCCGCCGAUCUCCUUCGGCAUUCUCCAGCUCAUCAAGGUGGCGCAGAAGCAGCACGGGCUGCGUCAUAAGGACUACCAGCGCUACAGGCAGUACUGCAUGCGGAGGCUACGGCGACUGUACAAGUCCCUCAAGUUUCUGCACGGAAGGGGAACGCACAAGACAUAUCCGAAGGGGAAGGAGGUGACGGCUGCCAUGGUCACAGAAGUCAGGUGA